AUGAAUACUACACUUAGAAAUACUGAGCCUAAUAAACAAAGCUCAUGGAUCCUCAAUACCUUUAAACAAUAUGAGGAUAAAUCUCAAUGGGAAGAACGAAAACCACAGGACGCUUAUUUUGCUGAAGCUGAAGUUUUUGGAAAAAGAGUUAAUGUGAUGAUCAACACAGGAGCUGUUGGAUGCAUCAUCACUAAAAGUUUUCUAGACUCAGUAAACAAAGAAAUAGAAGCUUCUACUAAUAUCCAAAUUGUUAGUGUUACUGGAGCGAAAACUGCACCAUUAGGAAAAAUGUUCAAAGUUGGCAUUAAAAUAGGAAAAUUUGAAAUUAAAGAAGAUAUGAUUGUAACAGAAGCGUCAGGAUAUAAU